AUGGACGUGCAAAACAAAGAAGCUAUCCUUGCCCCAGAAGCAUCUCCUCCAACCGCACAAGAUGUCGAACAGCAAGCCCGAAACAAGAACGACUCGCCCACACAGAGUUCUGCCUUCAAGAGCCUGGGAAUACUCGACCAGUUCCUCGCCUUGUGGAUAUUCCUGGCCAUGCUCAUUGGCGUUCUGCUGGGGAAUUUCGUCCCCGACACCGGGCCAGCUUUACAACGGGGUGAAUUUGUAGGAGUGUCUAUCCCAAUAGCCGUUGGUCUGCUGGUCAUGAUGUAUCCUAUCCUUUGCAAAGUCAGAUUCGAGACUCUGCACCAUUCAUUCAGAGAGAAGCAGCUCUGGGUGCAAAUUGCCUUCAGCAUCGUAGUCAACUGGAUCAUCGCUCCUCUGUUCAUGCUCGCUCUGGCCUGGGCAUUUCUUCCCGACGAGCCAGCGCUACGCGAGGGUCUCAUCCUCGUAGGCGUCGCAAGGUGCAUAGCUAUGGUCCUGAUCUGGACCGGCCUAGCAGGCGGUGAUAACGAGUAUUGCGCCAUUCUCGUCGCCAUAAACUCGCUCCUCCAAUUGAUUCUCUUCGCACCUCUCGCCGUCCUUUUCAUAGAAGACAUCAGCCGCGCUUCAGAGGCCGUCGAUGUCGAUUACGCUCCGGUCGCGAAGAGUGUGGGUGUAUUUCUAGGGAUUCCUUUGGCAGCCGCCAUAGUCACGCGCUUUACAUUGCGGAACCUGGUCGGCAAGGACUGGUACGAAAGGGUCUUCCUAAAGCUUAUAGGCCCACUGUCGUUGGUUGGACUCCUGUUCACGAUCAUCGUCCUUUUCGGGUCGCAAGGCCGGCGGAUUGUUCAUCAAAUUGUCUCCGUGGUCAGGGUUGCGGCCCCUCUUGUUGUUUACUUUGCCGUCAUCUUCAGCUUGACCUUGUUGAUCACGCGAAGGUUCGGAUUCGGGUAUCGUCUGGCAUGCACACAGAGCUUCACCGCUGCCAGCAACAACUUCGAACUGGCCAUCGCUGUGGCAGUUGCAACAUACGGCGCCGACAGCGACCAGGCACUUGCAGCAACCGUGGGACCAUUGAUAGAAGUCCCUGUCUUGCUGGGCUUGGUAUAUGUGGUCAAAUGGUACGGACGCAGGAAGAACUGGGCAGCUUAG